AUAAUAACUCACUUUCACACAGUCCCUCGACUCCCUUCCCAAUUUGGUCUCCACAAAAAAUGAAAAUGGAAAGUUUACUGUUAAAUUCAGUAAUAUCAUCAAAUCUCCAUCGUUUAUUCCACCAAACCCCCCAUCAUACAAAACAACUCAUCAAACCAAAACCCUUCAUUUCAGCUGCUCAAUUCUCAACCAAAAAUCAACAAAACAUGGCCAAAAGGAUUGCUGUAAUCGGAUGCGGAAUUUCUGGGUCUGUCUGUGCUUCUACUCUUGCCAAGAAUGGAAUGUCUGUCACCAUGUUUGAUCAAGGAAGAGGACCAGGUGGUAGAAUGUCUCAAAGAAGAGAAAUGACUGAAGAUGGAAAAGAGCUAAUGUUUGAUCAUGGUGCUCCAUUUUUUACAAUUACUGACAAUGGUGUCAUGGAUCUAGUACGCGAAUGGGAGCAACGAGGUUUUGUGGCCGAGUGGAAGGAGAAAUUUGGGUCUUUUGAUUUUGCCACUGCUAAAUUUGGUGAAGCUGAUUCGGUUUUUCAUCUUACCCACUUUUUUAUGGAAGAAUCAACUAGGAAGAAGUAUGUCGGUAUUCCGGGCAUGAAUUCUAUAUGUAAAACACUAUGCAAUGAGCCAGGUGUUGAACCCAAGUUUGGAGUAACUGUUGCAAAUAUUCAAUGGUUGGAGGAGACGAAUUCAUGGUCAUUGAUUGACCUGAAUGGUCAAGCUUUAGGGCAUUUCGAUGGUUUGGUGGCAUCACAUAACAGUAUAGUUAACCUAUGGCCUUCAACUGGAAGGAAGUCACCUUUGGAUUUGACAGUGUUUCCAGAAUUGGCAGUAAAGUUGAAAAACACUCCAGCCAUUCCACGUUUUGCCCUGAUGCUGGCAUUUCCUGAACAUUUGUCUUCUAUACCCGUAAAAGGCUUCUCAUUCAAGAAUUCUGAAGUUUUGAGCUGGGCAUAUUGUGAUAGUAGCAAGCCAGGGCGAUCUGCGAGUAGUGAGUGCUGGGUACUGCAUUCAACAGAAGAGUAUGCAAGGACUAUAAUCAGCCAAACCGGACUUCAGAAGCCUUCGAAUUUAUUGCUGACUGAAGUUGCUGAAAAAAUGCUCAAUGAAUUUCUAAGAAUAGAUAGUCAGAUCCCAAAGCCUUUCUUCACAAGAGCUCAUAGAUGGGGUGGUGCCUUUCCAGCUACAGCUGUUGCAGAAGAUGAAAAGUGCCUUUGGGACGCAAGCAAGAAGUUAGCCAUCUGUGGUGAUUUUUGCGUAAGUCCAAAUGUUCAGGGUGCAGUAGUUAGUGGGGUUGCAGCUGCCGUGAAGUUCACUUUGAUGAGCAGGGUCUAACAAUGUCCUGAUACCAACAUUUUUUCUCAUAAAACGGGUGAAAUAUUUACGCAUUCACUCGAGCUUGUUGUAUGUACUGGAGACAUGAAAGAAAGGUAUUCGAACAGAAAAGCUUGUGUUGUUGAUUGCUCUUUCGGAACUAUUGUGAUUCUUCAACCUUAUAAAUAUGUAAAUAAGUGACAGUAUUUCAGUCACUGAAAACCAUACCCGUACACAAGGAUUGUAGAGAAAAAAAACUUGAUAUUCAAACACAAUUUGACUGUAA